GUGAGAGCAUCGAGAGGAGAGGAGGGAAAUAGAGUGCUGACGCCGCUGCUCCCGCAGAACGUGCAGCCAUGGGCAAUGCGCAGCAAAGGCCUCCUGGCAGGGGGGAUGGAGGAGGAGGCCAGCGGGCCCAGCCCUGCAACCCAGGACCAGGCAGGGGCCGUGGGGAGAGCACGAAGCAGCCGGCCCCUGGGAAAGCUCCCAUAAUGAAUGGCACUCAGAGGGAUAACAGGACCCAUGCCGCUGAUGAGAAUAGCGCCAGUGGCCCAGGUCAGACGGGGGUGGACCAGAGCUACCUGGACGCCCCAGCUGGGGCUCUGCCUCCUCCUCUUGCCAGGCUGAAGAAUGAGGGCAAUAUGCUGUUCAAGAAUGGCCAGUUUGGAGACGCAGUGGAGAAGUACUCCCAGGCCAUCGCUGGCUGUGAGGAGGCAGGUAUUGAUAGCCCAGAGGAUUUGUGUAUUCUCCACUCGAACAGAGCAGCAUGUUACCUUAAGGAUGGGAAUAGCACGGACUGCAUCGCAGAUUGCACUAGGUCCCUGGAGCUGCAGCCGUUCUCGCUGAAGCCGCUCCUCCGACGGGCCAUGGCCUACGAGUAUUUGGAGCGCUACAGCAAGGCCUAUGUGGACUACAAGACUGUUCUCCAGAUCGAUGUUAGUGUGCAGGCAGCCCACGACAGCAUAAACAGGAUCACCAAACUCUUGAUUGAUCAGAACGGUCCGGACUGGAGGGAAAAGCUGCCGGAGAUUCCUCUGGUUCCGCUGUCGGCCCAGCAGCACCGGCGGGAGGAACUGCCCAGUGAAGAGGUGCUGCAGGCCCGAGCAGCCCGGAAGGCAGAGGAGGAAGCCAGAAAGGCUGAGGUCCGCUUCUCAUCCCUGAAAAAAGAGGGGAAUGAGCUGGUGAGACAGGGCCGCUUCCAGGACGCACUGGAGAAGUACAGCGAAUGUCUGCAAAUAAAGCCAAACGAAUGCGCCGUGUUCACAAACAGAGCCCUCUGCUACCUGAGGGUGGAUCGCUUCCAAGAGGCCAGGCAAGACUGUGACUCCGCCUUGGAGAUCGAGCCAACCAACAAGAAGGCAUUUUACAGACGAGCACUUGCCUUCAAAGGAUUAAAGGACUACCUCUCUGCCAGCACUGACCUGCAGGAGGUGCUGCAGCUGGACCCGAAUGUCCAGGAGGCCGAGCAGGAGCUGGAGCAGGUGACCCUGCUGUUCAGAGAGAGCUUGAUGUCCAGCGCCGCACAGGGUUGAUGGAGCACGAUGGCUGGAGCUCCAGGGACAAGAGAGCUGCUGCUCCACCCAUUAGGACUGUGGCACACUGCGGCCGCCCACGGCUAAGGGACGAGGCCAGACAUUUGCUUUUACUCCACCAAGACUGGUCUCCUGUCACAGCAGGGUCAGAGUUGAGUGUCAAGGAUGCCCAUUCACAAAUCCCACCAAAAGCUGCUCCUGACUCAACAUCAAUGACCCCGUGAUGCUGAACAGCGAGGGCCGACCGUCAGAGCUGCAUGACCAUUUGUCUUCAAUUUCACAUCCGAUCUCCUGGCAACCUGGAACAAGAGUGUCCGUGCUUUAUGCAGUAUAAAAAGUCCAGUCUGGUGCAGAUGAGAACAUUGAGGAGUUGAGGUUACUGUUGAUAGAUCACUGGGUCUUUGGUUGUGUCAAAACCGUGUCUGUGUGUGGAAGACGUGCCUUCGCUACUCACAGUCCAGGACUUGACCUACUACAUAUCCGGACACACUCUUCACCCACUUCAGCCGAGUGCCAGAUGGUUAAAGUUACACACAGCUCAUAAUCAGCAACCAAGUGCUUCACUUUCUAACCAUUUAGUUGCUCUUGCAUGCACUAAGAGAACUUGAUACCCUCGAGCCAGUAGAACUGCAACAGUAUGUGCUUGAUUUAAUGACAUUUUAUACAACUAGCAUUUGCAUAAAUGUUCUGAACAAAAAAGAGUUUUUUUUUUUUAACAAACGCUACACAUCCAUGAUUUUAUUAUUUUCACUAUUUAUGAUGGCCUUGUACUUCUGUGCACCUACAUAAGGCAACUUAUCUUUAAAUUAAUUGUGCUAAUUCAUUAUUUAGAGCAGGGUUCCCACUUCAAGUCAAAUGUAAAAUUCCAUGACUUUUUUUUCCUGACAAAAAAAAAAAAGAAAAUUUCUAUAAUCUAUAAUGAAUGGUACAAAUAUACUGACCAAAGAUUUCAGAGCAGCCCUGUAGCAUUCAAGAACCUUUUUUUAGAGCGGAAGAUGGAAAAAAUGGGCAUUGAAUAAACAAAGUUGGGCUAACCACAACCACUCAAGCAAGCAGUGAAGCUAAUAACCAGAUAAACACCAAUUCUACAUGGAAUUAUAUUUGUAUUAAUGUAUUUUGGCAAGUAAAUUUGCUACAGCAAAAUUCUCUGACUUUCUCUGAAAUAUGAUACAAUUCCCUGACUUUCCAUAUCUUGAAUAGACUUUAUCAAAAUUCCAUGACCCGUUGGAACCCUUUUAGAGCUAUUUACAAUUAUCCAGUCUUUUAGUAUUGCAGCUUUAGAUAUAAAUAGAUGAAUAAAUGCAUCUACAUGCAUACAUUUCCAGCUUGCAGAUGUUGAGCUGCAUUACAGAACCCUACCUACAGCUCAUGUAACUAUUGUAUAGUUUAAUACAAGGUCAAGACUAGUUCCCAAAGGUACUGAAUUGUAAACAUGGGAAAUUGAUGAAUCAUGAUACUAUGGUCAUGGUCAACAUCAACGCAAACUAUGCUCAGUCUUGAAUUUGUUCCAUAAUCUUUGCUUGACAAAACCAAUCGUGCAUGUUUUUAUCAUGCAAUGUAUUAAAAUCAGAUUAAACAGA